CUUUAUGGACCAAUCAAUCCUCUUCACCGACCGUUGCACCCAACCUUCCCCUUCCCUACAUGGUAACCAAAAAAAAAGGAAGAAAAAAAAGACACCACCUCAAAUAAUGUAUUUCAUGACCCUACCCCACAGGGGUCAAUCCUCUGAUUUCGAAUAUUUCGAAUAUUUCGGUCUAGUCAUAUCAAAUGUCGACUCGCCCGCCUCUCUAAAGCGUUAGAAAAAGCUUGGAGACUGCCCGCUUAAGGGUACUAUGUAGAUAGGAUUGUGGCGGAGACAAGCUCUUCCAGAAAGUUGAAACCCCCAGAUCGGAAGAGCCAUUAUAGAUGUUCUAAACGUGGAUUGAUAGAUCCAAAUUGGUUCAACCGAAACACGGACUUGCUACGACCAUGUCUACACACGCCCCAGAGUAACCUACCUACAUAGGUAGGUAGGUAGGUCGAAAGGGUAUAGCGACUCGUUAGCGGGACCACAUCGGCGUGUCUCGAAGCCAUAUUGUUGAGUUGUUGGGCUAUUAACCCAUUCUCAUUCUCAUCCUCAUUCCCCAUAAUAAGUAAAGGGCAUUCCGCGCAGAAUGUCCAUGCUUCAUUCUCGUCUUCUUUAGCGUCAUCCUUCAGCCGUCUCCUUCUCGUUCCCGCUUUUCCUCUUGACUGGUCAAGAUGAAGCCGUUUAGCUACGCCUUGGUACCUGCCUUUGCCUUACUCGCUGCUGCGGGCCCGGUUCCCGCAACUCACUACGAGAUUAGCAGUGGCAAUACUGUUACCAACGCUGACGUUUCGAUUUUGAAGUUCUUCUCUCAGUAUGCCGGGGCUAGCUACUGUAACAGCGAGGUGGACUUAGGUUCUAUCGUCACCUGCGCCGAAAACACCUGUCCGGAUGUCACAGCUGCUGGUGCUAAGGUGGUAGCAACCUUCUCUGGACACCUCACCGAUAUCCAAGGCUUCGUCGCGACCGAUGACAAGAAUGAGCUGAUCGUGGUAUCUAUAAGAGGAACUCAUUCCAUUCGUAACUGGAUAGCCGAUCUUUCUUUCGUCCCGCUUCCUUGCCACCUCGUGGAUGGCUGCUUAAUGCAUACUGGCUUCCACGUGUCGUGGAAAGAGAUAGAAGAUAAACUACUUAAAGGCGUAGCAGCGGCUAAGAAAGCCAACCCUUCUUACGAAAUUAUCUUCACGGGGCAUUCCUUGGGCGGAGCAGUUGCCACGGUCGCCGCCGGCUAUGCGCGGGAGAAGGGCUACAAACUCGAUCUCUACACGUACGGCAGCCCGCGCGUAGGCAACAAAGCCCUCGUCGAUUUCAUCACGGCCCAGCCGGGCGGCGAGUACCGCGUGACGCACUCGGACGACCCGGUCCCGCGCCUGCCCCCCAUCUUCGCCGACUACCGGCACACGAGCCCGGAGUACUGGCUGUCGACCGGGAGCAACGACACCGUGACCACGUACGCGGCCGCGGACGUCAAGGUGUGCAGCGGCUUCGCGAACACCCACUGCAACGGCGGCACCGGCGGGCUCGACGUCGACGCCCACCUGUCGUACUUCGGGCACAUCAGCGGGUGCGGUCCCGACGGCCUCCCGUUCAAAGAACGGAGGACCAGGCAGAGGGAAGUCACGGAUGAUGCGGAACUGCUUCAGCGGCUGGAGGAAUGGGCGGCUCUGGACCGGCAGAUUUCUUCGACGCUGGAGAACGAUUCCCCUUCCGCUUAAAAAGCUUAUUUAAGUAUCUAUCUGCGUGUCCUCCGGUAGGAGUCUUUUCGGUUCUACUACGGUAGACGGAUAUGAAGCAGCCUAGCGCUGUAUUUCCUAAAGGGUUUUUUUUUAUCAUUAGCAUGGAGCCGGCGUUAUGAGGCAGACGUUUAUGAUGAUUUGGUUAUGGGAAAUCAUGUUGCAUGGUUACCUAAGACUUGGGUAGUCUUAACUGUUUUAUACUUGUAUAUUAUCGCAUACCUUAGGUUAGGUACCUUAGGUAGGUACCUACCUUGUAUAUAGCUAUUCCCUACGCAUAUGGGUCUUUUUGUAAUUAACUACCUG